GACACGGCCGGCCCCGCGGGCCUCUCGCAGCCCUACCCAGUCAGGAGGGACAGGGUUUCGUUUUUUCAAGUCUUACCAAGUAGUUUUGCAAGUCGGGUAUUUACUGUCGUAAAAGACCCUUAGAGAUCAGGUAGCCCUGCGCAUCUUGGUCUUCAGGAUUCCCAGGGGAGCUGGUUUAACACCUGUUUGGCCAUAUCCAUUAAAAUAAAAAAUAUCCACAGAUUGUAUUUCUAAGAACCUAACAAAGGAGCGCACUCGUAGCAGUACACAAGGGCGUGUGUGCAAAGUCUUUCAUCUCAGCUUUGCUUGUAAUAGCGAACGACUGGAAACAUCUAAUUGUCCGUCAGCAGGGAGCUGGUUAAAUACACUUGGCUGUUUAUACAUGACACAGCAGGCAGACUUUUAUGAACCAAUGUGGAUGCUUUUCAAAGGGAGGCGCAGAACAACGUAUGAAACCUCUACACCUGUUGAGAAAAAGGAGAAACCUCUUCCAAGACUUAAUAUCCAUUCUGGAUUCUGGAUUUUGGCAUCCAUUGCUGUGACCUAUUAUGUUGAUUUCUUUCAAACCGUUAAAGAAAACUUUCACACCAGCAGUUGGUUUCUGUUUGGCGGUACCUUGUUGCUUGUUAGCUUAUCGAUUGCAUUUUACUGCAUAGUCUAUCUGGAAUGGUAUUGUGGAAUUGAAGAUUAUGAUAUCAAGUAUCCAACGUUGAUACCUAUUACAACUGCUACUUUUAUUGUAGCAGGAAUUUGCUUCAAUGUUGCUUUAUGGCAUGUGUGGUCAUUUUUCACUCCACUGCUGUUGUUUACCCAGUUUAUGGGGGUUGUAAUGUUGAUCUCACUCCUUGGAUGAUUUCUAAAGGUGUAAGGGCAUGUCAGUUUAAAGCGAAUGAUUAAUAUCCUGCUAGCUGAAAGCACCGCAGACAUGAUGGAAAAGCUACAGUGUGUUUUUGCAUCUAUGAAGUGAAUGGUUUCCUUGGAAGAAUUGUAACUUUAUAGCUCUGUAGUUGAAAUCAGAAUAAAUUAUAUUUCAUUUGUAUAUUCCUAAACUCAUUAUCGAAUUUUUCAGAUUCAAAGUAGAAAUAUUCUAUUCAACACAGAAAUAACUAAUUUGCAGUGUUAAUCUGUUUGGAUCAUUGGAGAAAUUGUUGGUGUAAAAAUUUAAAUGAAUUUUCAUUAGAGAUGCAUAAUGUACUCCCGAUAGUUCAGAGAAGUUGUUCACUCUUCCAUUUAAGGGUGAGCAGUUCAGUGGUUGAGAUGACUGGCUGUGUAUAUAAAGGAAUGAUAGUGUCAUGUGCCUUUAACCCAACUUCAGCAAUUCCUAAUAAUACCGUUUUUAUAAUAGCUUUGUAAGGAGGAGGACCAGUUGAAAGGAUUUUGUGUUUUCCCAUCACUUAAGAUUUAUCACUGUGUAAAUUACUGGGUUUUUAGCAUUUGUUUAACAUAUGAACUUUUAAUCAUCUUAAGUACGUGUAAUUUUUUUCUUAAUAUUUAAAUAAAGUAUUUCUAUAACUUU